GUGUGAUUUUUGAAAAAAGCCAGCUCCGCCACCGGUGAACUCAGACCCACCAAUCAUUUGUAGUCUGCACCCACAGCGGCUUUUGAAUCCCUCCUCCUCUUCCCACCUCUUCAAACUCAUUGGCUGCCACCGGAGAAGCGACAAUGUUUAAUGCACCAUGCGGUGUCCGGAGUCCAGUCAGUGAGAGGAAGCGCUCCGAGAGCUCAGGGCUGUCCUACGUGCUGAAAAUAGCAAGCAACGACUCUGCGUGUGUUGUUCAAUAACAUUCUUAAUUUUUUUAAUUCUUUUUUUCACCUGACAGCAGGAGGGACAUUUGAGUCAGAAUGCUGCAUUGUUGCUGACCACCUUCACGGCAGCUGUCGGGACUUUGAUUUGGCUGGGGGACGAUGGACAAGGACAAAAUGCCACUACGGAAACCAGAACUCUGUCCUGUCUCGGCCGAAGGAAGAAAACACUGAAUAUCCUUCAAAGUGACCACUUUGGAUUUACCUCCUCACACAUUUGGAUUUUCUCCCUCUUCACACAGCAUUUCUAACAGUUUUCCAUCCUGGAGAACGGUGACUCACUGCAGGCAGAAGACGAGCCGCUGCAUCUUAAUCAGACAGCGGAGAGGACUUCAGCUCAUUGACAUUACAGUCAUACUUUGGAGCACUUUUUUUUCUUCUCCCCCCUCUUAUUCUCAGCGCGCUGCACUGUAGAGCGCGUGUGCGUCGGAGGCUUGUGGCUUUUCUCCUGGUGCGAAUCGGGAUCCGGGUGGUACCUAUGCUGAAGUGGUUAGGAAAUAAAACUCCAACCCCCGCUGGAAAUGGCUCUUUUUAAUCUUAUUAUUUUCAACUAAAGGAGCAGUUUAUCUCCAGGUGUUAUGAGUGAACACUUGCAAAGACUGUUCUGUUUGGAAACUGGAUCUCGAUUUUUUGUUCAGAUGAGUCUGGGUGCUCAGCUGAAUAUAAAUUAGGCAUUCAGUUCCACCGAUUUCUUGGAGAGGAGGAAAGCAACGCAUCAAAGACAAUCUACAAAUGUCAAGACAUCACAUGAUGACCAGGACUCUUUAUUUUAUCUGUAAUAUUAGGAAUACUAAAUCCAAACGGAAUAUCAACAGGUCGUAAAAAGAAAAGCCUCUGCGCAGAUUUAAGCAGCUGUUACUGAGCGGAGAUGCAUCUUUCUGUUUUCUUUUUCCUCCUCUUGUGGGCUCAAGCCCUGACAUUGAAAAACUUGAAUUACUCUGUCCCAGAGGAGCAAGGUCCGGGGACGGUGAUUGGGAACAUUGCCAAAGAUGCCAGGCUUGGACUCGAACAGACUGGGCAGGGAGGGCAGGGUAAAAAAGCCAACUUCAGGGUGCUGGAGAACUCGGCCCCGCAUCUUAUUGAUGUGGACCCCCAAAGCGGACUCCUGUACACAAAGCAGCGCAUUGACAGAGAAACAUUGUGUAAGAGAAACCCCAAGUGCCAGCUUUCCAUGGAGGUGUUUGCAAAUGACAAGGAGAUAUGUAUGAUAAAAAUAGAUAUUCAGGACAUCAAUGAUAACUCACCUGUAUUCCCUUCAGAUCAGAUCGAUAUUGACAUUUCGGAAAAUGCUGUCCCAGGGACACGCUUUCCUCUGACGAGUGCACAUGACCCUGAUGCAGGAGAAAAUGGCCUGAAAACCUAUCAAAUAACACGCGAUGACUACAAUCUCUUUUCUUUAGAGGUAAAAUCCCGAGGGGACGGGACCAAAUUCCCAGAAUUAGUUAUUCAACGACCGCUGGACCGAGAAGAAAGAAGCCAUCACACUCUUAUUUUGUCUGCCACAGAUGGUGGAGAGUAUCCUAGAUCAGGCACCAUGCAAAUAAAUGUAAAAGUUAUUGAUUCCAAUGACAACAGCCCAGUGUUUGAUCAGCCCUCAUAUGUUGUGGAAAUUCCUGAAAAUUCGCCUCCUGGAAAAGUUCUGAUUGAUUUGAAUGCAACAGAUCCUGAUGAGGGAAACAAUGGCCAAGUGGUCUACUCUUUCAGUGGUUAUGCUCCAGAGAGAAUCCGUGAGCUUUUCUCUAUAGAUUCAAGAACAGGCGUCAUAAAGAUUCAGGGUGAAAUUGACUAUGAAGAGAGUCCAGUUAUUGAGAUUGACGUUCAGGCAAAAGAUCUGGGUCCCAAUCCCAUCCCAGGCCAUUGUAAAGUCACCGUCAAAGUGCUCGACAGGAAUGAUAACUGGCCAUCUGUAGGCUUCGUGUCUGUGAGACAGGGAGCCAUCAGUGAAGCAGCACCCCCAGGCACUGUCAUUGCUCUGGUUCGUGUCACAGACAAGGACUCAGGCAGGAAUGGACAGCUUCAAUGCAGAGUGCUGGGCAAUGUCCCUUUUAAACUUGAGGAAAACUAUGAUAACUUUUACACUGUAGUGACAGACAGGCCCCUGGAUAGGGAGGUGCAGGACGAGUUUAACGUCACCAUUGUAGCCAAAGACAAUGGCAUUCCUCCUCUGAACUCCACAAAAUCUUUCACUGUCAAGAUUCUUGAUGAGAAUGACAAUGUUCCCCGCUUCACUAAGUCAGUCUACCUACUUCAGAUUCCUGAAAACAACAUCCCUGGGGAGUACCUUGGUUCAGUUCUGGCACACGACCCGGACCUGGGCCAGAAUGGCACAGUUUAUUACAGCAUUAUUAACUCUAAUGUAAGUGGGGGUGAUGUGAACACUUAUGUUAACGUAAAUGCAGCAAACGGAGCCAUCUAUGCUGUCAGAUCUUUUAACUAUGAGCAAAUUAAGUAUUUUGACUUUAAAGUUCUUGCUAAGGAUGCAGGAUCCCCACACCUAGAGAGCAAUGCUACAGUGCGUAUCAGUGUUCUGGAUGUCAAUGACAACAUCCCUGUCAUUGUUUUGCCACUUCUCCUGAACGAUACAGCUGAGAUUCACGUUCCACGGAAUGUUGGUGUGGGCUAUAUUGUUACCACAGUCAGAGCUGUGGACAAUGACUAUGGUGAAAGUGGGAGGCUCACCUACGAAAUCUCAGAUGGCAACGAAGAGCAUCUCUUUGAGAUAGAUCCAAUAACAGGGGAAGUUCGAACAGCCCACCCAUUUUGGGAUGAUGUCAGUCCCAUCGUAGAGCUGAUCAUUCGUGUAUCGGACCAUGGCAAGCCAACUCUGACUGCUGCCGCCAGAAUCAUCAUCAAGGCUUCCAAUGGGCGACCUCCUGAUGGACUGCCACACAUUAAAGACAAUCAAAACUGGGACAUGUCACUGCCUCUUAUAGUAACUCUAAGCAUCAUAUCUAUCAUGCUUCUAGCUGCCAUGGUGACGAUAGCAAUCAAGUGCAAGCGGGAAAACAAGGAGAUUCGUACUUAUAACUGUCGCAUUGCAGAGUAUUCUCACCCUCAGCUGGGGAAAGGCAAGAAGAAGAAGAUCAACAAGAACGACAUCAUGCUGGUGCAGAGCGAGGUGGAGGAGCGGGAUGCCAUGAAUGUGAUGAAUGUGGUAAGCAGCCCUUCACUUGCCACCUCUCCCAUGUACUUUGACUAUCAGACACGCCUGCCACUCAGCUCACCAAGGUCAGAGGUCAUGUACCUCAAACCCACUGCCAAUAACCUCAGCGUUCCCCAAAGCCACGUGGGAUGCCACACCAGCUUCACAGGCCCAGUCACCAGCACUACAGACACCCCUACUAACCGCAUGUCCAUCAUACAGACGGACAAUUUCCCCACUGAGCCUAAUUAUAUGGGUAGCAGACAACAGUUUGUUCAAAGUAGUUCAACAUUCAAAGACCCGGAGCGAGCGAGCCUCAGGGACAGCGGUCAUGGUGACAGCGACCAGGCAGACAGCGACCAGGACACCAACAAAGGUUCCUGCUGUGAUAUGUCUGCAAAAGAAGCUCUCAAGUUAAAGGCUUCAGGUGUGAAACCACCACCUUUGGAGCAAGAUGAGGAUUGUGUAAAUUGCACAGAGGAGUGCAGAGUACUGGGUCACUCUGACCGUUGCUGGAUGCCUCAGUUCCCUGCAGGUGGAAACCAGGCAGAAGGUGUUGACUACCGUAACAACAUGUUUGUGCCAGCCGGGAUGGAGACGGUACCUGAGACAGAGACUUAUGAGACUGUCAAUCCCAAUGGCAAGAAAACCUUCUGUACCUUUGGCAAAGAGAGGCGUGAUCACACCAUCCUGGUCGCCAACGUCAAGCCCUACUUAAAAGCAAAACGCGCCCUCAGCCCGCUGCUCCAAGAGGUUCCCUCAGCCUCUAGCAGUCCCACCAAGGGCUGCUCCACAAUGCCUUCCUGCUCUGCAGUCAAAGGCCCAGCCGGGGCUGAAGGCAAACCUCCUCUAGCCAGCUGCUCUGGCCACUACGGGCCUCCUGUUGGUCAGUACCUGUCACCUACCAAACAAACCAGAGACCAAGGGGUCUAUCCACCCUUGCCCUCUUCAGACCCGGUGGCCAAGGUGCUCGCAGAGGCCCGCUCCAGGAUCAGCCAGGAGGCCGCAGGUGAAAUGGAGUGUGUCCUGGAGCAGGUGGAGCCAGAUUCGAGCCGCGAUGGAAUGGACGCUGACCAGGUGGUGAGAGACAUCGACAAACUAUUGCAGGAUUGCAGAGACAGCGAGGCCACUGGCACGCUCAGAAAGUGACAGAGUUGAACUCAUCGUGAGGAAGUGAAGAGAGGAGUUUGUCGCCAUUCGAAGGGCUUUCAUGCCAAAACUCUCACCAAAACACAUUCAGAAGGCUGAAUUGCUCCUGUGAUUGGGGGCCGUUGUCACUGUAAUUGUUGUAGAAAACUAAAAAACACUGGACCAAAAAAUAAAUUAAUAAAAACUUUUAUUAUGUCAGUCAUGCGGCACCAGCUCUGGUGCUCAAACCACCAAGAGACAAAAAAACGGAACUGACGUCUGGACUUUUUGUGAAUUUAUAGACUUUUUGUUAAGCAAAUGGCAGAGGUUUACGCCUCUGGCACCUCACAAAGCUCUUAUCUAAGUGCCCACCAGCUCAUACGUGUGUUGUUCAUAGUCUCUCGUGAAAUCCUGCAUAUCUACGUGUGUGUAGGUGGAUAUCUGUUUCUUGUGUGCUGGACACUGAAAGUGAACGAAAAAGGACUAUUUCUGGUCAGACAUGACAAUCGAUGCGGAUGAAGAGAAACAAAAGGUUAAUCUGUUCGGGACAGCGAAAGACCGAAAUACACAAUAAACCUUUAUCUUGUUUUGAGUUUAAUGUACUGUAGGUGUAGCAUGGAACCAGAGCUGUACCGGAGGAAACGUGAUCGGGGGCGUGUUCUCGUGGGGGCGGGGUUGUUACGGACCUGGAGCUGCUUCGGUUCUCUGCUGCAGGAGAAUUACUAACAGUGUAAUUAUGUUUCACCUGUCAUAUGUAACUACAUGUGUAAGCUGUGUCUGUCUCACACCCCUAUUUAAAUGUUGCUGAGCAAUGUAGUCGCACGCACCGACGUUACACACGUGCACUACACUUUAGCGGAAACACACGGUGUUGCAUUUACAUGCACCGCACACACACACAUCAAAAACACUCAGCUACCCAUCUGUGGAACCGUCUUCUACAUGCACAUCAUCAGCUUUUAGUCCCUUGUGUACAGUGAACUAUCAUGUGUGUGACUAUGCUGUAAGGCGAUCAAAAGUUGUAUAAAAAGGGACAUUUUUUUCCUCAACUGUGAAAAAGACAAUAUCGAUAUGACGAUAUAGAUGACUGUAUGUAAGAAUUCAUGUAUAGUGCCCAAAUAUCAACAGAAUAUUUAUACAUUUUAUUAAAAAAAAUGUUUUAAACGUGAGGAAAUGAGGCAUCUCAGCAGAAAGCGUCCUGUGGCUGGAGGACAAAGAACUUCAAAAGGACACUGCCAUUGUUUCGAUGAGAAAUAUAUCCAAAUCUAUGAAUAAACGAGAAAAUGUCCCUUCACAUUAUCACUAUACAUAAUAUCAUUAUGUGUGUGUAUAUGUAUCCAAUUUAGAUGUGUUUACAUCAAAAAACUGACAUAUUUUUUAUUGAUUUUACUGCAAUUUUUGUGCAUUUGAGCCAAAUUGUUAUGUGUACAAAAACUAUAUUGUGUAUUUUAUUAAAUUAAUAUAUUGUUGUGUUGCAAUAUACAUGGGCUUAUAUUGUAUUUGGCAAAAGUUGCCUUAGUAGCUGUCGAACUCUGUGAGUUUGCUUUAGUUUGGGUUUUCGUUAGGUGUUUUUUUUUUUCCCUCCAAUCUCUAAUUCUGCAUCUUUGCAGGCUGGCUUCAGUGCUUUUGAGACGUCGCCUCUUUUUAACCCUGAUCUAGCUGGAUCAGAUACAAAUAACUGUUAAUAAGAAGCGUCAAUGAGCCAGCUGAUCUACAAUACAAUUCAAACCAACUACAAAAAGCAACAACCACAAGAAAAACAGUUUGACUAUUUUUACUGAGCAAACAUUUUAUAAGGCAGCUAUUUUCUUUAACAAUAACUAGUCUGCAUAUUUUCUGUUCAUUAUGUUUCUACUUUUUUUUUCCCAAAAACAAAAAAAAAGAACAGAAUAGAAACCUGCCAUAUGUAAAGUGGAGUGGUUUCCUUGGUGAUCAUGAAACUGCCUUACUGUCUCUGCAGAGAGCUUGUUGUAUCUGUGGAGCUUUGUGACUGCUUCUAAAAGCCCCGGUCCACCAGAAUGUGCAUUUUCUACUAAAGGACCAAAAGAGGUUCUUUCGCAGCAGUCCGUGUUGUUUAUGUAUGUUCUCCUUCUCAAUACAUGUUAGAAGUCUCUUACUUUGCAGUGAAAAAAUAGAAAAAAACCUGACAUCUGAAAUUCUCUCUGAAGUUGCGCUGGAGUUGAUGUCUUAGCUGGCUAGGUACACGGUUUAUAACCAGGUGUCUUCGCAUUCAGGAUUUCUUAGUAUUAAAAAUGAAAAGAAAAGAAAAGAUUUAUUUUUGAAAAUUUUGGCACGUUUCGGCCACUUUCUGAAAUAUUAGCGGGAGGGACUUUUUCUAACAAUCCCUUGGGUUAAAGUACACAGAACAGUAGGCUUCUUGCAUUGUUUGGGAAAACGUGACCACAAUCACCAAAUGUAUAUAACCUGCAGCCAUGAGAGGGAACAGUGACUUGCACCCGUGUGGCUCCUAGAUAAGACUCAACAAGCAUUUAAACAGCUUUUUUUCAUGUAGUUUUGUCACAUUUACGUGUUUCCGGCUUCUUUUCUCAUGCUGCAUGUUUGGAUGUUUUAUCAGUUUCUUUUUCUAUCCCUCUGACUUGUUUUGCAUUUUGCUAUGCAUUGCCUACAUCUCUUUGCUUCAGCGCUUUGCUUUCUCUCCGAAGGGGCAAAGUAAGUGUUGCUCUUUCAUCUGAAAAGUAUUUGGUUUACAUUUACGCUAUUUUUUUUUGUUUUGUUUUGUUUUGUUCUGUGGGAGAAGGCAGCAUCUGUUUUUAGACGAGGCUUAGAGGCUCUGACGGAGGAGGGAAAAUAUUUGUAUUCCUUUUUAAAAUGAGAGGGUUUUUUUUUUGUUUUAUCGUGAAAUAUCUGGAUGAAUCAUGCAAGGUUUCUCAUUCACAUCAGGCAAACAGCACAAACGGUUAAAAAGUGCAGCACUUCUGCUUUGAUCCUAAAAGAAAUGCCGUUGCACACGCUCAUGAAAAAAACACCAAUGCAUUUAAGCAAUGCUCUGCCUUUCAUGUAAAUUCAUAACCUCUGAAAAUAAAAUAAAGGCUGAAAGAGAAGACAAAACACCACCAAGACAAAUGUGGCUCCUCCAUAUUUGUCUUCAUGGAUUUUUCUUCUUUUUAUCUUACUUUGCUCAGUCUUCAUGCUAGAAUAGACACUUUGCUUUGCUCUGCGUGCAUGUGUGUGUGUGUGUGUGUCGUCACUUAAUUCCUUUUCAUGCUCCUAUUGUUUGACAAAAAUAUAGAAUAUUUUCUCUUCUUUCUGUCACCUUUCAAUUCCACCUUAAAUGAACCCUCUAUUGUUGUGAUAUUUUUUGUCAUCACUUACAGCCAGGUUCAAAGGUCAUUCUGGUGUUUUUUUAUUUUAUUUUAUUUUUUUCUGUUUCUUAACUCUGAUUCUGGAUGCCACAAACGGUCACUGUCACGAUUCAAAGCACUGUCCCCUCUAAUGGUGUUCUCUGGGCCCGGCCGCCGUCUGCACGCUCUCAAACUGAGGGUAAGGAAAUGAGCUGGGCCCAGUCAACAGAAGGAAUUCUCUAAAGCCAUGGCCCCUUUCUCAGGCUGUUUGCUGUUUAAUAGAGCAGAGGCUACUGUUCAGGCCAACACAUAGUUUGGCCUCAGAAGUUAAGAGAUUGAGCAUAAUGUGAGGUCUCUCAUUAUUGUCUAAUUAAACACUGGCAUCACACACUGUUGGCAGUGCACUACUCAAGCCUAGAGUGUGAUUUUUUUUUUUGCCCACUUGAGACUUGUUGGCUUUACCAAGCUAUUAGGAAAGGGCCUUGUUGAAUGUGGCUAACCACCUCUGGUCUAUUACUCACACUGAUGCAAGUGCACACAGACUCAAGACAGUCACUGCGACACACACUCAAACACACACAUGCUAUUUAUACGGACAAUAUGCCUUUUUGGUUGGUUUAAACAAGCACCCGAUGAUGUCAGUGUUGUCUCUCUGCCCUCGGGCCCACACUGACAGCAUAGGGCUCCUCCCUACCGCGGGGCAGCUGGUGAAAAGACCAGACAUUUUUAUUUGUAUGAAUAUUUCAACUGCUAUUGUCUAAAGGCUGUGUUCAUUGUGAUCUAUCUGAAGAAAAAAUAAAAACAUCAAAAGAUCAAAUAAAAAGGAAAUAACUGA